AUGAACAAGGACUUUGCAAACCAGACCCAGAGUCUCUUCCCUCACUCCGCUAAACCCUUCACACAUGCAAAGGCCGAGGCAUUCGCCAGAGCCAAGGCAACGGUAGGAAAACACGGCAAAGUUCUCACGCAGGGUUUCACGCCGUCCAUUGACAUGAGUGGCGUGAAGUUCUUCGGGCCGCUCGACGAGGUAGAUGCUCAGAGUCACCCAGAGGCGCCUUCGAGUGUGGACAAAGACCGACGGGCUGAGAACGAGAGAGUCAAAGAGGCGCGCCUGAAGACGGCUUCGGAAAAGGCCCGAGCAGAGAGAGUCGCGCAGGCCGAGGCGGAGAAGAUUGCUCGCAAGAAGGCAGAGGAGGUAAAACGUUACGUUCGAGUGCAGACGCUCCUGGCUGAAAGACGGGCUCAAAGCAUUGCAGUUCGAGCAGCGACCGCGUCUCGGGGAUGGAAAAGACAGCAUGCCACUGGCGCUGUCGCUGUUGCUGUUGUGCAGAAGGGAGGAGUCAGUCGCAAAAUCCCUGCUUCUCGAUCAAGCAGCCUUGCGGCACCGACGGGCGUCAACAACAGCAACAUUGGCAAUGGGAACGGACCGACUGUGAGCUUUGAUGACACAGAAGGUGCCAGGAAACUUCAUGUCAAGGAACGACACAGUGCGAUAGUUCACUUCGAAGCCGCGUUGGCGAAGUUUUGA